AUGCCAGUUUCAGUCCCAGCUGCAGACAGGCGGCAGAGAGCUUCAGCAGCGUUUUCUCUCAGUUUUCUCUCUUUAGUCUUCUCUGUUACAGCAUUGAGUAGCAGUUACUGGUGCGAAGGGACAAGGAAAGUUGCCAAACCUUUCUGUACAGGACAGAACAAAGGGGACCACUGCAUCCGCUUCAAUAGCCCUGACGCCAACAGCAGCAAUGCUGUGCAGUAUAUUUGGGAGACAGGAGAUGACAAGUUCGUUGACCGAAAGUUUCAUGCUGGGAUUUGGUAUUCCUGUGAAGAAAUUAUAAAUGAAGCAGGUGAGAAAUGUAGAAGCUUCAUCAGUCUGACUCCAGCUUCUGAUCGAGGGGUUUUAUGGCUGUCUAUUGUAGCAGAGCUUCUGUACAUCAUUUUGCUUCUGACUGGAGCCAUCCUUAUGUCAGUAGAAAUGUGCUACUACAGUACAGUCAUUGAUGGGCUAAAGAUCAACGCCUUUUCUGCAGUAGUCACUGUAUUAGCAGGUCUUCUGGGCAUGGUUGCUCACAUGAUGUAUACAACUGUAUUUCAAAUGACUGUAAAUCUUGGUCCUGAAGACUGGAGACCCCACACAUGGGAUUAUGGCUGGUCUUAUUGCCUCGCAUGGGCUUCCUUCGCUUGCUGUAUGGCUGCAGCUGUCACCACUAUUAACAAAUAUACAAAAACAAUUUUGGAAUUCAAGCACAAAAGAAAAAUGCUGGAAAGGAGUUUAAAGAUUAAAUACAAGUUUCCUGAUCAUACAACUCCAGAGAAAACUUGCAAUGUGUAUGUGAACUCUUUUCACAACCGUACAGAGGACCCUGCACACCCAAUAAAAGGCUUGUGUCACCUGGCCACUAUUUCAGUUCUGUAA